GUGACAAAACCCUAGAGAUCUUCUUCUUCUUCUUCGAAACACUCGUCGUAAAGGGGAGCAGAUUUUGGCCAGAAUCGUUUCGGCCGACGGAAUAUUGAAUUUGGUGUUGCAGAUACUGUAUUUUUACCUGAAAUGGCUGGUCAGAGAAACAGUUACGGAAAGCGGUCUCAUUCUUACUCGGAUUAUGACGAUGGAAGAAACAAGAGAAGAAAUUCAGGUGAAGAUAGAGACCCUUUGGUCAUUGACCCUCGUGAUACUGUUUACCGGUAUUUGUGCCCCGGUAAAAGGAUUGGAACGAUCAUUGGGAAGGGAGGUGAAAUUGUCAAACAGUUGAGGUUAGACACCAACGCCAAGAUUAGAAUUGGUGACACCAUACCCGGGUGUGAUGAUCGCGUGGUUACCAUCUACAGCUCUAGUGACGAGACUAAUCCAUAUGCAGAUGGUGAUGAUAAGAUCUCACCGGCUCAGGAUGCUCUAUUCAGGGUGCACGAUAGAGUUGUUGGGGAAGAUUUGCGUGUCGAUGCAGACUCUGAAGAAGGUGGCGGUCAGCAAGUGACUGCGAGGCUUCUUGUUCCAUCUGAUCAGAUAGGUUGCAUCAUCGGGAGAGGUGGGCAGAUUGUGCAGAGUAUCCGUACUGAAACUCGCACACAGAUCCGCAUUUUGAAGGACGACCAUUUGCCACUCUGUGCACUGAGCUCUGAUGAACUUGUACAGAUUUCUGGUGAAGCUGGAACAGUAAAAACGGCACUAUAUCAGAUUGCUGCUCGCCUUCAUGAAAAUCCAUCACGGUCUCAGCACUUGCUGGUUUCUGCUGUCCCCAACAUGUAUCCUUCUGGUGGUUCACUGAUUGGUUCUACUGGUGGGGCACCAAUUGUUGGAAUGGCUCCAUUGAUGAGUCCUUAUGGAGGAUACAAAAGUGAUGCUAGAGAUUGGUCGCGGUCCUUGUACUCGACACCCAGAGAGGAACUCCCACCUAGAGAAUUUUCUCUUCGUAUGGUUUGUCCAAGUGGAUAUAUAGGUGCCGUGAUUGGAAAAGGUGGUGCCAUCAUUAAUCAAAUUAGACAAGAGACUGGAGCCGGUAUAAAGGUUCAUAGCUCAGCUGCUGAUGAUUGCUUGAUAACAAUUUCAGCCAGGGAGGUGUUUGAUGAGCAACAUUCUCCAACAAUUGAAGCAGCCUUGCGGUUGCAACCCAGAUGUAGUGAGAAAACCGAGAGAGAUUCCGGACUUCUCUCAUUUACAACCCGGCUGCUUGUACCUUCUUCACGAAUUGGAUGCCUUCUCGGUAAGGGCGGAGCUAUUAUCAAUGAGAUGAGGAAUGUUACAAAUGCUAACAUACGUAUCCUUGGAAAGGACAAUGUUCCUAAAGUUGCAGCGGAUGAUGAUGAGAUGGUACAGAUCUCUGGGGAACUUGAUGUUGCCAAGGAUGCACUCAUAGAAGUAAGCCGGAGGUUAAGGGACAAUGUAUUUGACCGAGAUCGUGGUGCAGUCUCUGCUUAUUUGCCAGUGCUACCCUAUGUCCCUGUUUCAACUGAUGUGUCAGAUGACUUUCAUUAUGAUGCCAGAGAUAGUAGAAGGGUUGGACGCGGUCAUACUUAUGCUGGUGGUUAUCCCUUGAAUGAUUAUCCUGCCAGUGACACAUAUGGUAGUUACAGUAAUUCACAGAUCGGUGGUAGUGGUGGUCCAUAUGGACCCUAUGGGAGUUAUUCGUCUGCACGUGCAAGCACUUCUGGGUAUUCUAACCAGGCCCCGACAGCACGGCGUAGAAACCAUUACUAGAAUUCAACAAUAGCCACAUGGAGCUGAGAUCCUGAAGCCUGAUGCCAGACCUACUUCCUCUUUUGAUGAAGCCUACAGCCUUAAGCUGGAAGACCCCGGACAUUGCCCUUGACGAUCUCCCCUAGAGGAACCAAACAUAGUUGAAGAUCCUGAAACUUAUCAAAUCUGCCUUGUCCCUGACAACAAACCAAGCUAUAUGUGAUGUGCUUCCAAGAACCUGUAGUUGCCUUACCUCUGUUGCUUUUGCUUUCAAACUGUUCGUUUUAAUCUUGGAACCCUGUUGCUUCUAAGUCUAUUCAUUUUGGCUCUUGUACUCCAAAGCACUCUGUUUCUACCGCAUAGACCGUCCCUCUGAUUCCCGGCCUUGAAUGGGCUGGAUUACCCCGUUCACUGUUCUGCUACUAUGAGUACAAUGUAAAUCAAAUGUUUUCUUGAAUUGCAGAAUGGAUCCUUCCUUUCAUCUUCAUAAUCAUUCAGUAAGCUAGUCUUCUUCAUUUAUCUAGGAAGUUUGUCAAUGAACAGAAGUUUGGUUUGGUAUGGAGAAUUUGUUCAUCUGAUACUAACGAGUGGUUCGUUGUAAUGUAUUCUGGUUAAAGUUCCCGUUGGUAAUUACAACACUCUAGCACUAGACAGUAGAACACCCAGAACCUGGGGGGUUGUAGGUGCAUUUAGUUGCUCCAUCAGAUGGUUUAAUACGAUCAUGCCUGUAGGUUUUUUGGUUACUUGCAUGGAUUAUGUUUGGUUAUUUCAGGGGAAGUUGAUGACUCAAUGGAGAAAGGCAUGUUGUAUCACAUUGUGAACGUUAGUUAGCAAGCCUGGGGAUUUGAUAGUUGUUAUUGAUCUUCGGUUGGAGUUUUUUGUGUUUCCUUAGAUCCAUGGUUCAUAUCAUUAUAUGCCAGUUACCUGAUAUUUGGAUACCUUGAGCAGGUUUUGGCCAUUCCAGACGGGAGGAAAUCUUCUCUUAUCCUUUGUAAGGGAAGUAUCUUUUUUUUUUUUUUUAACGUCAAUCAGUGCGGAAUGACUGAAGUCCUGAACAGGACGUUCACAGCAUGAAAACUGUGCAUUUGUCUGCUGUAGUUUUUUGGAUUUUGGUUUGCUGCCAUGAGUGUGUUUUGCAGGUUUUAAUGACGUCUCCAGUUAUCUGGAUAUAUACAUGCAUGCCCGCUGAAAUUUCCAAGUCGAAGGGGUAGUGGAUAACAAGCUUCUCUCGCUUCAUACAAGAAUGGAAGGAUGGUGUGGAGUUGUCUAUUUCAUUGCUCUUUGCUUUGUCUUUCCCAUGACGGAGUACUUGAACGUCAUUAUAUAGGAGGCUCGGGGGUGUGAGAUAGCUUGCUCCGAAGGUGGAUCCCUUUUUGGAUGCUUGGUCGUUGGUAUCAGACGAGUCUUAUAAAUAACAAGGAAUACGAGAAAGCUGAGGAGGACUACUCAACUAGGUCCGUUGAUCUCUCUCUGGCCUUUGUUAAAGGGAUGAGUUCCAAUUUGCAGGCAUCAACUGCUGUAGUAGAUAUCGACUUGCUUUCGAGGUCGAAGUGAAAGCGAGUUACCAUGAGUCUUAGUUAAGACUUAGUACAUGGUGUAUGUGUAACAACACUAGAGGUGUAGUUGCACUUGCUGCCAAUAUCCAGCCGUCCAGCUGGUCUAGAAAUACAGUCAGUCUGUGUCAUUCAUAGGCUUUAUAUGUGUACGCAGGGCUGCCUAUUGAAGAGUAAAUUUGGCCACCUAACUCUCUGCUGUACGCACCUCUUCUUUUGUGUGUGGGAAAGCAGCUGUUCAACACUUCUUUCACUAGUCGUCGUUUUCGUCAUCUUAGUUCUUGACUAAUUGUAUGUAAAUGAUCAAUUGAAGCCUCCAUCUUUUUUUGAAUACCUUCAUUAGC